AAACAAUAUUCUCUCAAAAAUACAAACAUGUACAUACAUGUUGCUCACACAUUAUGGUAGCUGUGCUAUAUAGAGUGAAUUUACACCUUUGCCAUUAACAUAUUUAGAAAUAACUGAAAAAAGCACAAAUGUCAGUGCAUGUCAAAACAUCCCAAGGGCCCCAAAAACCCCUUAGACCCCAGAGGGUUAUAGCCAGCCUCAAAAUUUGGCUAAGUGUCACCAUUAAUGAUUGCAUUGUAUUUUCUUUAUUUGGUGUAUACAUCAAACCGUUUUUUAUCAAUUUUGAAUUGAUGGAGAAUAUGUAUUUUGUAAAUGUAUGUAGUGUAUUUUUGUUUAGUGCUUGCUUUGUGUCUUCUGUUUUGGUUUUGUCUACCUGCCCAGGGACAACAGAUGCAAAUUAGCUGUUAGCUAACUCUGGUACAAUUGUUUAAAUUGUGUGCUGUCCCUGUCAAAUAAACAGUAAAUUAAAUUAAAGAAAUAAAAAUUUGGCAUUUAUCGUGAUAUUAUCGAUAUUGACUGAUAUAGAACAAUUAUUGAUAAUUUCUUUUGGCCAUAUAGCCCAGCCCAAUCGUAAACACGUUUGCCUGUCCAGUCCUCAUCGAUAUAGUACACCCACUUCAGAAGACUCUGAGUUGAAUCCGGAGUGUUUGAUUAGAGAGGCAAACAAAAUGUGCACUAGAUGUGUAGUUAUCUUAUUUGCCAACGACAUGAUAAUGACAGCGGACAACAAUGCAGCCCUCAUGUCACAAUAUAGUGACAUGAGGGUAUGAGUAAUAUAUUAUAAUAUAUAAUACAAUGAGUUUCUGAGUUUAUUUUCUGUCCUUAGUCUGCAUUUUUUUUUGUUUAGGUGUCCUUAUACUAAAAAUUGGUGCUGGAAAAAGUCCUUGAAAGUCUUAUUUCUGUUGGCUUUGAUGCCUUGAAUUGUUUUUUAUGUCUGCUGUUUUGUGCCAUUAAACUGGUUUCAACUUGUAUUGUUUGUUUUUGCUUUAGACCUGAUGCUGCUGAAAGAGGAGAGUCAAGAACCGAAUGGAAUGGAAGAGAAAGAUCAGAAUGAGAAACAUGAUUUCGUGACUGGAGAGAAAUCCACAAAGAUGGAAAAGACUCGCUCACAAAAAAGAGCUCAAAAGACCAAACCUAACAGUAAUUUCACUUGCCGUCAAUGUGGAAAGAAAUUCAGUAAAAAACGAAACCUGGAAAUCCACAUGAGAGUUCACACUGGAGAGAAGCCUUUCACAUGCCAACAGUGUGGAAAGAGUUUUACUCAAAAACACAACCUGGAAAUCCACAUGAGAGUUCACACUGGAGAGAGUCCUUUCACAUGCCAACAGUGUGGAAAGAGUUUCACUAAAAAACACAACCUUAACGUCCACAUGAGAGUUCACACUGGAGAGAGUCCUUUCACAUGCCAACAAUGUGGAAAGAGUUUUACUCUAAUGCAAAGCCUUAAAGUUCACAUGAGAGUUCACACUGGAGAGAGCUGUUUUACCUGCCAACAGUGUGGAAAGUGUUUCACUCAAAAUCACAACUUUAAUGUCCACAUGAGAGUUCACACUGGAGAGAAGCCUUUCACAUGCCAACAGUGUGGAAAGAGUUUCACUAAAAAACAAAACCUUAAAGUCCACAUGGUAGUUCACACUGGAGAGAAGCCUUUUACAUGCCAACAGUGUGGAAAGAGUUUUACUCAAAUACAAAGCCUUAAUGUUCACAUGAGAGUUCACACUGGAGAGAAGCCUUUCACAUGCCAACAGUGUGGAAAGAGUUUCACUCGAAUACGAAACCUUGAAGUCCACAUGAGAGUUCACACUGGAGAGAAGCCUUUCACAUGCCAACAGUGUGGAAAGAGUUUUACUCAAAUACAAAACCUUAAUGUCCACAUGGUAGUUCAUGCUGUAGAGAAGCCUUUCAGACGUUUUACCUGCCAACAGUGUGGAAAGAGUUUCACUCGAAAGCAACGCCUUAAAGCCCACAUGAGAAUUCACACUGGAUAAAAGCCUUUCAACAGUUGUAAAUAUUGGACAUCACAUUAUCAUAUAGAGUAGCUAUAGUUUAAUUGUAUUAAUAAAUGACAAUUUUGCACUUAUUUUAUCUGUUUGCUCUCAUUUGUUCCUACUCACUUAUUACACG